AUGUUCUUGAUCUCCUUUUUAUUUGCAAGAGGUACCUCUGAGGCGGAUGGAGAUAUGACAGAUUAUUUCUACGACGCAGAAUUUCGGUCAUUAAUUCAGGAGCUUUCUGCUGAGAAGUUUAUCUCAAAUCUUGACCUAUCUGGAAAUCUGAAUCUGUCAGAAAACUGCGCCAAAGAUUUGGAAAUCCUCUCCAAUGGCACAAAAACCUUCCUCGAUAAUGUAAUCAGGACACGGGAGUUUGGAAAAAGAGAUAUUGACACAAAGUUAAUCAUUCCCGUCAUAGACGCAUGUGGAAAACUCAGUCCUGGAAUACUUCGAGGGCGUUCUAGAUUUAUUGGGUCGUUUGAGGAGUGUAUGGCCAUAGAUUACUAUAAUGAACAGGCACUUCGAAGAAUCAGGGGAGGAUAUUUCAGAGUCUUGCUUCAAAUACCUGUUGCAAAUAGCACGAAAAAUUUUAUGUGGGAUGUAUGUUUACCUGCAUCUUGUACAGGGAAAGAGUUGCACACAGCAUUUACAGAUGGAUCUUUACCCUUGGUUGGCAAGUAUAUAGCCGAAGUAAUUGACGGCUUCGAGAAGAUACCUAAAUACGUUACAGCGUCAUACAUUGUUGGGGUAAUUUUACUCCUGACGAUAGCGAUAUGCAUAGUGGCAGGAAUCGUUGACUAUUAUAAUACCAAUGUGAAAAAACAGCAACCCAAAGGCUUAGGCUACACUAUCCUAAUGAACUUUUCACUUUACAAGAACUGUAAAUAUGUCAUUGCUCUAACCCCUGCGAAGAAAGGACAGAUUAGUACACUGAAUUGCAUUCGCGCUGUGUCAAUGAUAUGGAUCAUAAUUGGUCACACAUUUUCAAUUUCGAUGGCUGCCUUUGAUAAUCCCCUGGACGUUCGCGAUAUGGUUAAAACUUAUUAUGGACAAUUUUUAUCAAAUGCUUACCUUUCUGUUGAUUCCUUUUUCUUUCUCACGGGAGCACUCCUCGCUUUUCUCAAACUGAAGGAAUUCGAAGCAGAACACACAAUACUUUCCGCUCGCGCAUGGCUCAAGUUCUACGUUGGCAGAAUUUUGCGAAUGUCUCCUGCAUACUAUCUUUUACUCGUCUUCUACGGUUUCAUUUUUACGUCGUGGUUAUAUAACAUGCCUACGCUUAUGACGCCUGGUCCUGUUGAUGAAAGCUGCAGAAACAACUGGUGGAUUAAUUUUCUUUAUCUAAACAAUUUCAUCAGAUACAAAAAUAUGUGCUUAGUGGUAUCCUGGUACCUGGCAACCGACUUUCAAAUUUAUUUAUUUUCACCGCUGCUUUUGCUGCCAUUUGGUCUAUUUGGAGCAUUUGCGGGAUUGGCUAUGGCAUCAGUUCUUCUAGUAAUUUCAACAGGGCUAAACAUAUUCCAAGUAUACCAUUUUUAUCUUCCUCCCUCCAGCUUUCGAUUAGCUCCGCAGGAUCCACGAACGCCAAAACAGGCAUUUAAGUUCUGGAUAUAUUAUAUGCCUUAUAUUAGAUGUCAAGUCGUUAUUAUUGGCAUGUUGGUAGGAACUCUGUUACAAAAAAGGAAAACUAUGCGAAUUAAUAAGGUGCUAAAUGUGAUAUUGUGGAUACUUGCUUUUGCGAGUUUGGGCACAGCUCUGUUCGGAUUGCACGAUUGGAUUAACGGUCAUCAGUGGGAACUACUCCCUAGAGCAAUGUACUCGGCUUUUUCGCGACCUCUUUGGGCUCUCGGAUUGUCCUGGAUGGUAAUCUCCAGCUACUAUGGUUAUGGAGCCUUUUGCGCCUAUUUGGUACAAAUAAUGGUGAUUGCUAUGCUAUUUGGCAUAGAUCAUGGAUCACUCCAUUACUCCGGCUUGUGCGAUUGGCUAAUUCGUGCGGCUUUGCCUAACAUCGUACUUACCUUCGCUGUGGCUUUAUUUUGGACUUGCAUGUUUGAGCUUCCCUUUCAAAAGUUGGCAAACAUGGUACUGGGUAAGAAGAAGCGAUCGCCUGCAAUUAAGCCUGUUAAUGGUGCUGGAGUUUUGGAAGAAGGGAAGUCUAAAACAAUGAAUUGGACUUAA